AUUUUUAACUGGCGACGUUCCGGCGCCGGGCGUUUACGUUUACAAAUUACACUAGUGACUCAACCCUGAACCCACUUAAUUUUUUAAAACGUAGAGUGUCUCUAUUCUAUGUAGUGUAGUCUGUAAAUUCAAUGUGAGUUUGUAAUUGAACACUGUUAACCAUUAAAGUUGUAACUUGUGAAUAUUAUUUUGUUGGCAUCAUUUUGGUGUGUGUUCAGGAAAUUAAAAUAUUUCGCUUUUUACGUCAUUUAAACAAAUAUGGGUGUGAAAACUUUACAAAUUAUUUAUGAUAACCCAACUACUGUGUUCAUGCCCGGACAAGCAGUUAGUGGCAGGGUUCUAGUUAUGACUAAUGAGUCUGUAAAAGUCAGAAGCAUAAAGAUGAAAAUAAGUGGUGGAGCUAAUGUAAAGUGGGUCGAACAAGAGUCUCGUAGAAACAACAAUGGCGAAACUGAAAAUUACUCUGAAAGUUAUCAGUCAGAAGAAGAAUAUUUUGAAAAUAAAUUUACAUUAAUAGGUGGUGGAGGAGAAUCACAUUUAGAAGAAGGUGAACAUGCUUAUCCGUUUAAUAUUACGUUACCACAUCAGUUACCUUCUACCUACAAUGGUGAACAUGGCAAUAUACACUAUGAAGCCAAAGUUACAAUUGAUAUACCAUGGGGAAAAGAUAAAGAAACAAAGAGUACAUUUCAAGUCAUUUCGCCUCUUAAUUUAAAUGAAGAACCAAAUUUAUCGGAACCAAUUAAAGAAGAAAAAGAAAAUUAUUAUUGUUGUUGUUGUUGCAAGUCUGGUCCAAUGACUCUUGUUGUUUGUUUGCCCUAUUCGGGUUAUGUACCUGGACAAAAUAUACCAGUUACUAUAGAGUUGGAUAACAAUAGCAAUGUUAGAAUCGAAACUGUUAAAGUGAAAUUAGAAAAAGAAAUAGCUUUUAAAGCAACCCAUCCAGUUGGGAAAACAAAAUAUGAAACGGCUGAACUAGCAAAAUUAAGUUUAGAUGGUGUUGAAGAACAUGGUUCUAAAACUUGGACGGAACAAUUGCCAAUUCCUAAUUCAUUGAUUUUGUCAAAUCUGAAAUAUUGUGACAUUAUAAAAGAAAAAUAUUUUUUAAAAAUUGAAUCUUGUGUUGGUGGUAUGAAUGAAAACACUAGAUUGUAUGUAAAUAUCACAAUGGGGAACAUUCCGUUAACAAUAGCUCAAGAUGCACCUCAGUUUAAUUCUCCCAAUCAAGGAACAGUCCCUCUUGAUCAAUAUUUACCUAAUCCAACUCCUACAAUUGGUUUUGUUGAACCAACGCCAGUUCCUGGUUAUGCUCAACAAGCACCUUCCAAUGGUCAACAAUACCCUCCACCACCUUCAGUCCCCUCUCCCUAUCCUAAUCAACAGUAUUAUCCUUUGCCUAGUGAUCCACCAUCUGCAUACCAUCAAACUCAACCACUUUAUCCAAAUAUAAACACACAACAGCCACCAAUCAAUCCAACUUUUCAAUAUCCACAUCCACAGCCUAUUGUGCCAACUGCACCUGGUUUAAAUGGAGAAUCAAUAGGAUUGAUUUCACAGUCUAGUUUAGAAAAUCCAGAAACCAAUAAGUAUAAUUAAUUCACAUUUUUAACUAUAAUAUUAAAUAAUUUCAUCGUUAAGUCAUAUAUCCACUAGUUUAUUAACUGGAUCUAAUACACAUAUUUUCCACAAUAGCUUAAUUACUAAACCAAUUCUGGUUAUUACCAAGUCCGUUAAGGUUUUCUGCAAUUGUUGAUUUCUUUUGUACUUUAGUUAACUGUAUA